CAUCCGGGUCGUUUUAGAAUCUUCAAUACAUGUAGUUUACAGGGAAUAUAAGUACAUAACGGUUUUAAAUGUGGUGUGUUUAUUCCACAAAAAUACUCCCAACACACACUUUUAAAUACUAAUAUAACCACCCAAACGGAAUAUGGACAACGGCAUCUCAAAGAAAUUGCAACCAAGGGAGCUGCCGCCUUUACCGCAGCGAGGACAAAGGGCUCUUCCCACCGUGCCAAGUGAGGACAUCGCUGAUGCGCCGAAACAGAAGAAGAAGAGAGUGAAAAAGGAAGUCAACGAAGCAGACGACGCAGAUGAGCAGGCAAUGCAGAUGGAAGGCCUUGGCAGCAGGAGGACUUCUGCAGUUGAAGAAAAUGUUUCCCUGGAAACAACUACUGAUGCUCCUCCUCAAAGGAAGAAGAAGAAGAAAAAGGUCUCGUCUUUAGAUCUUGAAGAUGACCAAACUGACCUGAUGAAUGGAGAUGCAGCAGAUCAGACCAAGAAGAAGAAAAAGAAGACAAAAGUUGUGGAAUCGUCAUUUCCCGACGGACUGGAUGUAGAGGAAGAUGAUGUUGUCACAGACACGGCCUCUCCUAUACCGCAACAAUCCCUAUUCUCCGCCCCGCAAGGACAGAGCCAGCCUGUCGGGAAGGUCUUUGUAGAGCGCACCAAGCGCUUCCAGGCAGCAGAGCGCUCAGACUGGAGGAAGACCAGCGAGCAGAUGGAGAACAUCAAUGACUUCCAGCUGAUGCAGCAUCGCUGGACCACCAGAGAUGUUUCUCUCAGGGUGCACGAGGGAUUCAGGUUUUUCGCUCUGUACUGUCACGGCUUCCUUGCGGGGUUUGCGGUGUGGAACAUCGUGGUGGUGUACGUGUUGGCCGGCCAGCACCUCACUGCUCUCUACAACCUGCUGGAGCAGUACCACUACUUGGCUUACCCCGCCCAGUCUCUGCUCUACAUGCUGCUGGCCAUCAGCACCGUGGCUGCUUUUGACAGAGUCAACCUGGCCAGGGUUUCCAUGGCGAUGCAGGAGCUGAUCACACUGGACCCGGUGGCUAUCGCCUCAUUCUUGUAUUUCGCUGCGUUGGUGCUUUCUCUCAGCCAGCAGACGACGAGCGACCGCAUCAACCUCUACCACGCCUCCAACUCCACACUCUGGCCAGAAGGGUCGCAGCAGCAAAUACUCCACACUUGGGUGACGGUCAACCUGGUGGUGGCGCUGCUGGUGGGCGUGGCCUGGAUCUUCAUCACUGUCCGACCUGAGACGGACUAUACCGAAAGUUACCUGGUUGCCAUGCAAAUUGAACCCCCAAAGACAGACGACAAGUCAGAACUGAGCACCUAAAGACGGCUCUAUUGUCAUUUUGCACAUACACAAUGUUGUUUUUUGCACUCUUCAUGUAAUGUAAUUAGGGACCGCAAUGUCCCUUUGGGACAGAGGUCCCUAUUGUAUUUCGUGUGUUUUAUUAUUAUUAUUCCGCCGCCUCUUUGAGCUGUAAUUUGACC